UUUGUAAAUAGGACGGUUUCGUGUGAUGGGGACUCAGUGGAUUCUGCAGAGCUUGGUUGGAUGUUUUGCGGUAUUGGCAAUUUUAGUUGCGGGACAGACCACUGGAAACCACGGGAGAAGCCCCGUCAAGACAAAUGAGGACACGCAAGCCGCAUCGACCAGAGUAAGGAGACGGGGACGACAGGAUGUUUUAAGAGGGCCAAACGUGUGCGGAUCACGGUUCCACUCCUACUGCUGUCCAGGAUGGAAAACUCUGCCCGGGGGUAACCAGUGCAUUGUGCCAAUUUGCCGGAACAGCUGUGGGGAUGGGUUUUGUUCACGCCCCAACAUGUGCACAUGCGCCAGCGGCCAGAUUGCGUCCACCUGUGGGACCAAGUCCAGCCAGCAGUGCAACAUCAGGUGCAUGAACGGGGGCGUGUGCGCGGAGGAUCACUGCCAGUGUCAGAAGGGCUACACGGGGACCUACUGCGGCCAGCCGGUCUGCGAGAGCGGGUGCCAGAAUGGCGGGCGUUGCAUCGGCCCCAACCGGUGCGCCUGUGUGUAUGGCUUCACGGGACCGCAGUGCGAGCGAGAUUACAGGACCGGCCCAUGCUUCACGCAGGUGAAUAACCAGAUGUGCCAGGGCCAGGUGAGCGGCAUCGUGUGCACCAAAACGCUCUGUUGCGCCACCAUCGGCCGGGCCUGGGGGCACCCCUGCGAGAUGUGCCCCGCCCAGCCCCACCCCUGCCGCAGGGGCUUCAUCCCCAACAUCCGCACCGGCGCUUGCCAGGACGUGGACGAGUGCCAAGCUAUUCCAGGCCUCUGCAAGGGGGGAAACUGCAUCAACACCGUGGGCUCCUACGAGUGCAAAUGCCCAGCUGGCCACCGUCAGAACGAGGGAACCCAGAAGUGUGAGGACGUGGAUGAGUGCACGACCAUUCCGCGGGUGUGUGACGGAGGGCAGUGCUUCAACACGGUGGGCAGCUACACCUGCGCGUGCCCGCCCGGGUUCACCCAGUCCCUGGACCGAACUCGCUGUUUUGAUCAGCGCGUGGGGUCCUGCUACAGCAGCCUCCUGAACGGCCGCUGCGCCCAGGAGCGAGCGGGGCGUUUCAGCAAGGUCCAGUGCUGCUGCGAUUCAGGCCGCUGCUGGGCGCGGGGCGCCGUGCCCGAAAUGUGCCCCGUCCGGGGGUCUGAGGAGUUCCGUAGGCUGUGCGUUGUGGCGGGGCCGGGACGCUUUCCUGAGGGCGACCCCGAAAUCAUAGGGGGUAGAAUAACCCCCAACCUGCCAAGUGAUUAUGACCCCACCCUCAACGGAAGGCGGAUUCCUACCGCCAAUGGAAAUGGUCCAAAACUGACCCAGCCAGACUUCGCCACUCUCAACCAGACGGUGGACAUCUGUCAGCUGCUGACAAACUUGUGCUUGAACGGCCGCUGCAUUCCGGUUCCUUCCAGCUACCGCUGCGAGUGCAACAUGGGCUUCACUCAGGACGCCCGCGGAGAAUGCACGGAUGUUGAUGAGUGCACUUCAGACCCCUGCACCAACGGGGAAUGUGUCAACACACCCGGCUCUUACUACUGCAAGUGUAACCCAGGUUUUCAGAGAACACCCGCCAAACAGACCUGCAUCGACAUCGACGAGUGCCUGCACAAUGGGGUGCUUUGUAAGAACGGCCGCUGCCUCAACACGGACGGAAGCUUCCAGUGCAUCUGCAAUGCAGGCUUCCAGCUGACCCCCGACGGCAAGAACUGCGUCGACCACGAUGAGUGCGCCACCACCAACAUGUGCCUGAACGGCAUGUGCAUCAACGAGGACGGAAGUUUCAAGUGCAUCUGCAAGCCGGGCUUCACCCUGGCCUCUAGUGGGCGCUAUUGCACCGACAUCGACGAGUGCCAGACCCCAGGGAUAUGCAUGAACGGCCGGUGCGUCAACACAGAGGGGUCUUACAGGUGUGAGUGCCUGGCAGGCCUGGCAGUGGGCGUGGACGGCCGGUUCUGCGCGGACACCCACAUGCGCAGCACCUGCUACGGGGCGAUAAAGAAGGGCGUGUGCGUGCGCCCCUUCCAGGGCGCGGUCACCAAGUCAGAGUGCUGCUGCGCCAACACUGACUACAGCUUCGGCGAGCCCUGCCAGCCUUGUCCCGCCAAGAACUCAGCUGAGUUCCAGGCCCUGUGUGGAAGUGGUAUAGGCUUCUCUGUGGAUGGGACAGACAUCAACGAGUGCGCCCUGGACCCCGACAUCUGCGCUAACGGGGUGUGCGAGAACCUGCGGGGCGGGUACCGCUGCAUCUGCAACGUGGGCUACGAGUCGGACCAAACGGGCCGGCGCUGCGUAGACAUCGACGAAUGCAUGGUGAACAGGCUCCUCUGUGAUAACGGCCUGUGCCGGAACAUUCCGGGAAGUUACAGCUGCACCUGCCCCAAGGGCUUCCUCUUCAGGCAAGACUCAGAGACCUGUGAAGAUGUGAAUGAAUGUGAGAGCAGUCCCUGUGCUAAUGGACUGUGUAAGAACAAUGUUGGCUCCUUUGUCUGUGAAUGCUCCCCUGGAAGCAAGCUGGACACCACGGGUCUCAUCUGCAUCGACAGCUUGAAGGGGACCUGCUGGCUGAACCUGCAGGAUGGCCGCUGCGAGGUGAACAUCAACGGGGGCACCCUGAAGUCGGAGUGCUGUGCCACGCUGGGGGCUGCCUGGGGGAGCCCCUGUGAACAGUGCGAGAUCGAUCCUGUCUGCUCGAGGGGGUUUGCACGGCCGAGAGGAAUUGUGUGUGAAGACGUGAAUGAGUGUGAAGUCUUCCCUGGCGUUUGCCCCAAUGGCCGCUGCGUGAACACCAAGGGCUCCUUCAAGUGCCAGUGCCCCGAAGGACUCACGCUGGAUGGGUCGGGCCGUGUGUGUGUCGACGUGCGCUCGGAGCACUGCUACCUGACGUGGGACGAGGACGUGUGCGCCCAGCCCGUGCCGGGACGCUUCCGCAUGGACGCCUGCUGCUGCACGGUGGGCGCGGCCUGGGGCAGGGAGUGCGAGGCAUGCCCCGAGCCCGGCAGCCGUGACUACGAGGCGCUCUGCCCGCGGGGACCCGGCUUCGCCAACAGGGGGGACAUGCUCACCGGGAGACCCUUCUACAAAGAUGUGAACGAGUGCAAGGUGUUCCCCACCAUCUGCACCCACGGAAAGUGUCGCAACACCAUCGGCAGCUUCAGGUGUCGCUGCGACGGCGGCUUUGCCCUGGACAUGGAGGAGCGCAACUGCACAGAUAUCGAUGAGUGCCGCAUCUCGCCUGACCUGUGUGGCCAGGGCGCCUGUGUGAACACUCCCGGGAGCUUCGAGUGCCAGUGUUUCAAGGGCUACGAGAGCGGCUUCAUGAUGAUGAAGAACUGCAUGGACAUUGAUGAAUGUGAGAGAAACCCAGCGCUCUGUCAUGGUGGCGAAUGUGAGAACACAGAGGGCAGCUAUCAGUGCAUCUGCCCUCCCGGCCACCAGCUCUCUGAGGACGGAAACUCCUGUAUCGACGUCAACGAGUGCGAGCUGAGCUCCAGCCUGUGUCCGCAUGGGAAGUGCGUGAACGUGGUGGGCACCUACCACUGCUCCUGCGACUCCGGGUACCAGGCCACCCCGGACCGGCAGGGCUGCGUGGACAUUGAUGAGUGCACCAUAGAGAACGGCGGGUGUGACCUCCACUGCACCAACUCGGAGGGGAGCUACACCUGCAGCUGCAGCGAAGGCUAUGCCCUGAUGCCCGACCAGAGGAGCUGCACAGAUGUGGACGAGUGCGAGGAGGAGCCUGAUAUAUGCGAUGGCGGCCAGUGCAGCAACGUCCCCGGAGAGUACCGCUGCCUCUGCUACGACGGAUUUAUGGCCUCCCUGGACAUGAGGAUCUGCAUAGAUGUGAACGAGUGUGAUCUCAACCCCAACAUCUGCAUGUUUGGGGACUGUGAGAACACCAAAGGCUCCUUCAUUUGUCACUGCCAGAGGGGUUACUCUGUCAAGAAGGGCAUGACGGGUUGCACAGAUGUGGAUGAGUGUGAGGUCGGGGCGCACAACUGCGACGUCCACGCCACCUGCAUCAACACCCCGGGGGGUUUCCGCUGUUCCUGCCGAGAGGGCUGGGUGGGGAACGGCGUCAAGUGCAUCGACCUGGACGAGUGCGCUAACGGGACACACCGCUGCAGCACCAGCUCCAAGUGCCUGAACACACCCGGCUCCUACCGCUGCUCCUGCAUGGAGGGCUUCACUGGAGACGGAUACACCUGCUCAGACAUGGACGAGUGUGCGGAGAACGUGAACCUGUGUGAGAACGGCCAGUGCCUGAACAUUCCGGGAGGCUACCGCUGCGAGUGCGAGAUGGGCUUCACCCCAGCCCCUGACAGCAGGACCUGCCAAGACAUCGACGAGUGCUCCUUCCAGAAUAUUUGUGUCUUCGGCACCUGCAAGAACCUCCCGGGAAUGUUCCGGUGCAUCUGUGACGACGGGUACGAGCUGGACAGGUCUGGGGGCAACUGCACAGAUAUGGACGAGUGCCUGGACCCCAUUAACUGUGUGAAUGGUGUGUGCGUGAACACGCCCGGGUCGUAUGAGUGCAACUGCCCGCCCGACUUUGAGCUCAACCCGACUGGGGUCGGCUGUGUCGACACCCGUGUGGGGAACUGCUUCUUGGAAUACGGUUACCGUGGCGCUGGGAGGCUGGCGUGCAGCGUGGAGGUGGGCGUGUCCGUCAGCCGCUCUUCCUGCUGCUGUUCCUUGGGGCGGGCCUGGGGAAACCCCUGUGAACUCUGCCCUGCCGUCAACACCUCGGAAUAUAACACACUUUGUCCUGGAGGGGAGGGCUUCAGACUCAACCCUAUCACGAUCAUAUUAGAAGACAUUGAUGAAUGCCAGGACCUGCCAGGGCUGUGUCAGGGUGGGAACUGUGUUAACACGUUUGGCAGCUUCCAGUGCGACUGCCCACACGGCUACUAUCUGAACGAGGAGACCCGCAUCUGCGAGGACAUCGAUGAAUGUGUGACAAACCCUGGCAUCUGUGGACCGGGCACCUGCUACAACACACUGGGGAACUACACCUGUGUGUGCCCCCAAGAGUACAUGCAGGUCAAUGGGGGUAACAACUGCAUGGAUAUGAGGAAAAGUCUGUGCUACCGCAACUACAAUGGCACGGCGUGUGAGAAUGAGCUGGCCAUCAACAUCACCAGGAGACUCUGCUGCUGUUCCUACAAUGUGGGCAAGGCCUGGAACAAGCCCUGUGAGGCCUGCCCAGCACCUGGCACAAGUGGCUAUCACACACUUUGCGGAAACAUCAUUCCUGGGUUCAAGUUUGACAUUGAAACUGGAAAAGCAGUAGAUAUCGAUGAGUGUCGGGAGAUACCGGGAAUCUGUGCCAACGGGGUCUGCAUCAAUCAGAUCGGGAGCUUCCGAUGUGAGUGUCCCACAGGAUUCAGCUACAAUGACCUGCUGCUGGUUUGUGAAGACAUCGACGAGUGUAGCAGUGCGGACAGCCUGUGCCAGCGCAAUGCUGACUGCAUCAACAGCCCAGGGAGCUACCGCUGCGAGUGCUCCCAAGGCUUCAGCCUGUCCCCCAACGGAGCCUGCGUCGACCGGAACGAGUGUCUGGAGAUCCCCAACGUCUGCAGCCACGGCGAGUGUGUGGACAUCCAGGGCGGCUACCGCUGCAUCUGCCACAACGGCUUCAAGGCCACGCCCAACCUCCGGAUGUGCAUGGAUGUUGAUGAGUGUGAACGCCGACCUUGCGGGAACGGAACCUGCAAGAACACUGUGGGCUCGUACAACUGUCUGUGCUACCCCGGGUUCGAGAUUACACACAACAACGACUGCAUGGAUAUCGAUGAGUGCCGCUCGUCCUACGGCCUGCUGUGCAGAAACGGGCAGUGCAUCAACACCAUCGGGUCCUUCCAGUGUCUGUGUGAGGACGGCUACGAGCUCCCCCUGGAUGGGAAGAACUGCAUUGACAUCAACGAGUGCGUCAUAUUUCCCGGAACCUGCGCCCCGGGAACCUGCCACAACCUGGACGGGUCGUUCCGCUGCAUCUGCCCGCCAGGCUACAUCGUGCAGAGCGAGCAGUGCGUAGAUGUUAACGAAUGUGAUGAAGACCCCAACAUCUGUCUAUUUGGGUCGUGCUUCAACAACCCUGGCAGCUUUGAGUGUGUUUGCAAGCCAGGCUUUGUGCUGUCAGAAAAUGGACGGAGAUGUUUUGACACCCGCGAGAGCUACUGCUUCACCAAGUUUGAGAGCGGGAAGUGCUCCGUGCCCCAGGCCUUCAACACCACCAAGGCCAAGUGCUGCUGCAGCACCAUGCCCAAGGAGGGCUGGGGAGACCCCUGCGAGCUGUGCCCCAAGGAGCAGGAAGCUGCGUUCCAGGAGCUGUGUCCCUUUGGCCACGGCAUAAUCCCGGGAGUUGGGGACACCCGAAUAGAUCUCAACGAGUGUGUGGAGAAUCCGGGCAUCUGCUACAACGGGCACUGCAUCAACACAGACGGGUCCUUCCGCUGCGAGUGUCCCAUGGGGUACACCCUCAACUACACCGGGGUACACUGUGUCGAUAUUGAUGAAUGCUCUGUGGGAAACCCAUGUGGAAACGGGACCUGUUCGAACGUGAUCGGGGGGUUUGAAUGUAACUGCGAGGAAGGCUUUGAACCUGGGCCCAUGAUGACCUGCGAAGAUAUAAACGAGUGCACACAGAACCCCCUUCUAUGCGCAUUCCGCUGCAUCAACACCUUCGGAGGCUACGAGUGCACCUGUCCGGGAGGCUACACCCUGAGAGAGGACAGGAGGAUGUGCCAGGACCUGGAUGAGUGUGCGGAGGGCCUUCACGACUGCGAGUCCAGGGGCAUGAGCUGCAAGAACCUCAUCGGCACCUUCAUGUGCGUCUGCCCUCCAGGGAUGGUGCGCAGGCCUGAUGAUGAAGUGUGUCAGGACGAGAACGAGUGCCACACCAGGCCCGGAAUCUGUCAGAACGGUCGCUGCGUGAAUAUCAUUGGCAGCUAUGUGUGUGAGUGUAACGAGGGCUUCCAGGUGGACUCCACUCGGACCCGCUGCCUGGAUUACAGAGAGGGAUUCUGCUUCACCGAGGUGCUGCAGACCAUGUGCCAGAUGUCCUCCAGCAGCCGGGUUCCCUCCACCAAGUCCCAGUGCUGCUGCGAUGGGGGGCGUGGCUGGGGCAACCAAUGCGAGCUAUGCCCCCUGCCUGGCACCGCCCACUACAAGAGGCUGUGCCCCCACGGGCACGGCUAUGCCACCGAUGGCACAGAUAUCGACGAGUGCAAGGUGAUGCCCAACCUGUGCAGGAACGGCCAGUGCAUCAACACCAUGGGCUCCUUCCGCUGCCACUGUAAGCCGGGCUACGCCGCCGACAUCACCGGGACCUCCUGCGUGGAUGUGGACGAGUGCAGCAUGUCCCCCAAGCCGUGCAACUUCAUCUGCAAGAACACGGAGGGCAGUUACUCCUGUUCCUGCCCCCGCGGCUACCUGCUCCAGGAGGACGGCAGGACCUGUAAAGAUCUGGAUGAGUGCAUGACAAAGCGCCACAACUGCCAGUUCCUCUGCGUCAACACCAUCGGGGGCUUCACCUGCAAGUGUCCCCCUGGAUUCACACAGCACCACACCGCCUGUAUUGACAAUAACGAAUGCGCCACCGAUCCUUCGCUGUGUGGGGUCAAGGGUAUCUGCCAGAAUUCUCCCGGAAGCUUCAGCUGCGAAUGCCAGCGGGGGUAUGCCCUGGAUCCAACCGGUCUGCACUGCGAUGAUGUGGACGAGUGCGCCGGGAAACACCACCGGUGCCAGCAUGGCUGCCAGAACAUGCUUGGGGGGUACCGCUGCAGCUGCCCCAAAGGGUACACCCAGCACUACCAGUGGAACCAGUGUGUGGAUGAGAACGAGUGCUCUAGCCCUGGCAGCUGUGGGACGGCCUCCUGCUACAACACGCUGGGCAGCUUCAAGUGCGCCUGCCCCUCAGGCUACACCUUCAACGAGCCGGCCAGCAGCUGCGAGGACGUCAAUGAGUGCACCUCCCUGAAGAAUCCCUGCAACUACGGCUGCUCCAACACGGAGGGAGGCUACCUCUGCGGCUGCCCCCCGGGCUAUUACAGAGUCGGGCAGGGCCACUGCGUCUCGGGCCUGGGAUUCGGGAAGUCCCAGUACGUCCCGAUGGGGAUGGAGGGAGAGGAGGAGGAAGGAAACAGCCUCUCACCAGAGGCCUGCUACGAGUGUAAGAUCAACGGCUACCCCAAAAAGGGCGGCAGGAGCAGACGCGGGGCCAACGAGACCCAACCUGCCCAGGAGCAGCCGAUCAGCCUGGCCAGCGUGGACAUGGACGUGCCACUGACGCUGGUGCUAAAUGUGUCCCAGCUGGACCCCAAGGAGCACAUCCUGGAGCUGGUGCCAGCCAUCAAGCCCCUCACUGGGCACGUGCACUACGUCCUUGCCUCCGGGAACGAGGACGGCGUCUUCCGCAUCCAGCGGCGCGAGGGCCUCAGCUACCUGCACGUCGCCCGCAGGAGGGCGGCGCCAGGGGCCUACGCGCUGGAGAUCACCAGCAGGCCCCUCUAUGGCCACGCCCAGCUGCGGGAGCUGGAGGACCGCAAGGACAGGGAUUACCUCUCCGGGGAGCUGGGGGAGAACCUCCGCAUGAGGCUGCACAUCCAGCUCCAGUAG